AGGGGGGGGUGUCUGUUUCUAGCGCAGUCAGCAGUAAAGUCCCUCACUACCUUGUUUCGCGGACGGGACGGGCCAGGACGGUAAGCGGGUACGCGAUGCGCCUCUGAGUCCGGGGUCUAGCGCGAUCAUGAAGAACAUCCCCGAGAAGAGGAGCGAGAGCGGCGGCCUGCGCGGCCCCGCGGCCCGGGAUGAUGAUGAGUGCGCGGACGCGGAGCGCGAGACGCUGAUGAUGGAGCUGGCGCGGCUCGUGCAGGAGAGUGUGCGCGCGAGCAGCUGGUGGGAGAGGAGGGGGGUCGACUGCACCAUCCUGACCGCAGCCUUCGUCAGUUUACCUGCAGGGUUCGUGUUGUUGGGUUCGUCUCAGAUGAUGUGUUUCCUGUUGGGUUUGCUGAUGAUGGGUGUUGCUCACGCGGUCAUCACUGUUAAAGGGACACAUCUGGCCAGUCACGGGGCGCUCAGCGAGUCUCCGGCCUGGGCGCACUUCUGGGCCGUCUUCUUCAUCGAAGUGUGCGGCUCGUUCUCGGCGCGGGCUGGUGUUCAGGCUCAUGUGAAGAUGCAUCACGCUCACACUAACGUGAUCGGCCUGGGAGACUCCAGCACGUGGAAGAUGCCUUUCCUUCCUCGAUCCGUGUAUCUGUUCAUCGCUCCGCUGGCCGUCCCCAUCAUCACACCUCUCGUCGCCGUCGGUCAGCUGAAGGGUCAGUCUCCGCUCCAGAUCAUGCGCACCGUGGUGUGUGUGUGUGUGGGGUUUUUCUCUCAGUAUUACCUGCUCAGGUGUGUGUCAGGGCUGUCGUGCAGCUCUGCUCUGCUGGUCAUGCUUCUGUGUAGAGCCAUGUUCUCCCUGCCGUACAUACACGUCAACAUAUUUCAGCACAUCGGACUGCCGAUGUUUUCCGCCGCUAGCCGUCCCAAACGGAUCUACCAGAUGACCCACGGAGUCCUGAACCUUCCCCGAAACCCAGCGCUGGACUGGACCUUCGGCCAUUCCCUCAUCAGCUGCCACGUCGAGCAUCACCUCUUCCCAUUCCUGUCCGACAACAUGUGCCUGAAGGUGAAGCCCAUCGUGUCUCAGUUUCUGAAGGAGAAGAAGCUGCCGUAUCAGGAGGACGGGUACGUGUCCCGUCUGCGUCUCUUCUUCCACAAAUAUCAGGAGCUGAUGGUGUUCGCUCCACCCAUCACCGACCUCGUGGGAGUGCAGUGACCGAGGGAGACGAUGAAGAGGAGGACUCAACAGAGCAUGGACACUGACAUGAUGGACAAGUGUCAUGCGUUUCCAAAUGCUUCCAUAUCAUACACACACUUAACUGGUGCAUUAGAACUGAAGUCAACGUUUCACAACCCAUUUUACUUCCAUAACGUGUCAUAUUUAUGAGUUAAACAGGGUAUUCAAGAAGAAAACUAAGUGUAGGAUGAGACUUGAAUGCAGAAAUGGGAAGUAAUUUUACAUAUGCAUCAAACAUGGUGAAGAAUUAUAAAGACAAACAUGUGUCGGUUUAGAAUAAUGUGCACUGAUGAAUCAUGAAAACAUCAGGAAU